CUGUGCUAAACCGAAGAUGGCGACAGACUAAACUAGACUGUCAAGAGGAAGGAGGAGAUGAGAGGCAAAUGUCGCUUUUUGCACUAAAAACGGAAGAAAAAAUAAGACUUGUCAUGUUUGAGAAUGGCAGAUAUAGAGUAAAGAUUUCGUUUUUGUACGUGCUAUGCGUUUCUUGUGUGAUGCUGCACCGGUGCUGGGGGUGUCGGUAGGAUUUCACAACAUGUUACAAUUUUGGGUGUAUAGGGAAUAUUAUGCCGGACGUUAUCUAUUUGCAAUGGAUUAGACGCCGGGGUUUGGAGCUGGAUUGAUUUCUUGACACAACAACUUGGAAAAAAUGCUUCCCAUCACCAUGUUGCAAACGAGGUAGGUGGCAUUGUUUGGGGGAUAUAUUGCAAAGGUGAAAAAGCCAUCUGAGAUCGCUUUUGUCUACCCCCUAAAAUAUGAUCAGGGGUGCUUGGAUGUUUCGAAGGGAAGAUGACGCCGUGUUAAAAAUAUGUUGUGCUCCCAAACAAAACGACAAACCCUGUGCCGAUUCCGAGAGAGUACAGAAAUGGCGAAUGUCUUUGGCAUCCCUAUUAUUUUUCACUGUCCUUCUCUCUAAUCACCUUUGGCUGUGUGCUGGAGUUAAACUGAGGUCCAAGGAUAGGAGCAACCGCAAAAUCUGGAUCAACGCGACUGACGGGGUCCACCCGGCUCUAAAGGAGGGGAAAUGUGAUAUUUUUCUAAGCAAUUUGACCAAAUCCGCUGCUCCAGGUCCUCAUUGCACUGAUGCUCAAAGCCACCACACACACCUGGAGUCAGCCUGCACCACAUUGUAUCGGCAAAAAACUGGCUUUAGGUCCUCAACUCCAACGUUCUCGUCACAGAUGUUACUUGAUUAUUUUAGGAAUUUUAGCCUCUCUUUUUGUGAUUCUUACUCCAUUUCCGACUUACUGUUGGGGAUGUCAAGCCCAGACAGUUUAAAUUGCAGUCUUCAGAACAUGGUUUUGGAUUUGUUUAGCAGCGGUGGGGAUGAUGAGGAUGUCUGCAGCAUCUGUAUCCAGGCAUACAUGAGGCUGGACCAACACGCUCAGGAAAAAUAUGAGGAGUUUGACUUCUUCUUUCUCAAGUAUUUAUCAGAGGAUUAUUCUGUCCGAUCCCACACAGAGGACUGUAAGUCAGUCUACAAAGCCUGGUUAUGCUCAGAAUACUUCAACGCCACCCAGAGCCAGUGUCAACACAGGAUUCCCUGCAAGCAAUAUUGUCUGGAGGUCCAGACCAUGUGCCCCUUUGUGUUACCAGACAAUGACGACUUGGUCUACGGAGGACAAUCCAGUUUCAUCUGUACAGGGCUACUAGAAAACCAUUUAACCAAUGCAGACCCAGAGUGUUGUGACGUCAGAUGGAGUGGCUGCGACCCCUCUGUGGGGGCGGCGUGCGUCCUGACCCAGCUUCCGGGGUCAUCAUCGUGGCAGCGGCGCAGCUCCCCACCCGUGUCGGCUGCGUCGCGACUGUGCAGCAGCAGACUCAGACUGUGUGUUCUGGUCCUCAUCCUGCUGCAUACUGUCGUCUCCUUUUCUACUGUCCAGGGCAGUGGCACUGUGGGCCUGGAGGCCAUGGUACCCCUGCCCCUGGAGGAGAGCUCUGCCCGAGAGGAGUAACUGAUGAUGAACAAGAGUUUCUACUGUUUCCUCCCGGCUUCCAGUCUACAGAGACUCCCUUCCUUCCCAGUACCUGAGGAGUGAGGUGUUUAUAACCCUCUCUCUCCAUCCAGUCCCCUCCACAGGACAUCAGGAAUGAGGAGGUUAUAACCCUCUCUCUCCAUCCAGUCUCCUCCACAGGACAUCAGGAAUGAGGAGGUUAUAACCCUCUCUCUCCAUCCAGUCCCCUCCACAGGACAUCAGCAAUGAGGAGGUUAUAACCCUCUCUCUCCAUCCAGUCCCCUCCACAGGACAUCAGGAAUGAGGAGGUUAUAACCCUCUCUCUCCAUCCAGUCCCCUCCACAGGACAUCAGGAAUGAGGAGGUUAUAACCCUCUCUCUCCAUCCAGUCCCCUCCACAGGACAUCAGGAAUGAGGAGGUUAUAACCCUCUCUCUCCAUCCAGUCCCCUCCACAGGACAUCAGGAGUGAGGAGGUUAUACACCGCUCCAGGGAAGGCUACAGGUCGGUAUACCCCUUCGCCCUCCACCACACUAGAGGAGUGGCGAAGCACGGGCCCUCCCCUCCCGCAACACAGAGGGAUAUGGAGGUAGAUAAGGCUUCAGAACUGAGAGCCAGCCAUAUCUCACGUGUAAGGAGGACAUGAGAGGGCAUGGGGAAAGAGGCAGCUCUCCCAUCAUGCUGAAAGAGGUACUGAAUGCUGUUUCUAAGAAGGGUAUGGGUACAAAUGGCCUUUUUCACUUAUCACCACUCUAUUUAAUAAGUUGAGUGAUGGUUUUGGGGAGUUACGUACGAGGUUGAGUUUGAACUGCACAAUUGGGAAAAGCGUGAGUUGCAGGCUUGUAUGCUAUUUUUAUUAGUUGUGUGUGUGUGUGUGUGUGUGUGUGUGUGUGUGUGUGUGUGUGUGUGUGUGUGUGUGUGUGUGUGUGUGUGUGUGUGUGUGUGUGUGUGUGUGUGUGUGCGGCGUGCGCGCGUGAAUGCAGUGAACAAGUCAGCAAUAUAAUUUAUAUGACCCAACACAUGAAAUCAGGUGAUCAUUACAUCUUUCAAGCUAAUAGUAUACACGCGAGAAAUACUUUGUUUGGCUUACAGUAAAUAUAGUUAUUAUUCUCAGUAACACUACCCUCAUUGUCAUAUACCAAGCAGAAUAAUUUCAUGCAAAUAUUAUAUUACAGAUCCUAACCGAAGGUAAACCAUGUUGUUUUUGAUAGAUGUCAGAGGUACACUACUAAUGCUGUGGAGGAACAUGUGUCUAUGCAAAGCUGAUUGAAACCAGUGGAAACUCCCCCUGGGUGUCUAAUCGCUUACAGAAGGUAGAUGAUUGUGCCAUGGAAGACUGUCUGGAUUAUAACUACACCAAUCAUUUCUUACUCAUAAAACAGACAAUUUACCACAUAUAACAUAUAACAAAGACCCAGAGUGGCUAAUUGGAGCAGGAGGCCCUUAAUCAUGGCUAAAUGUUUAAGAAAAUAUUUUCAAGAUGCGAAUGCGUCGCAUCAUCAAAAACAAUUUCUGUCACAGUAGAGAUUUAGGGCGUGUCUAUGCCCUCAAUGUGAAAUAGAGUGAUUACAUUAUUUGGAAAGAACCAAGACGUUUUAUAUAUAUAUUCUAAAUAUCAGAGAUAUGAAAAAAGAUCCACCUUGAUUUUUUCAUAAAGGUCAUCUGUUGGCACGGUAUUGUUAUUUGUAAAGAAGAGCUAGAGUAUGAUUAUAUAAAUGGUUCUCAUGUGUUUCUGAUUUAUAAGAUAAAAUUAUUCUGACCUCUCUUUUCCUGGCAUAAUCUGUGUAUUAUCUUUUUUUUAAUGUUUUUUAAAUUUGGGCUUGUCUUUGGGAAGCUGAAAUAAGAUGUCUUCCAAUGUGACAAAUUGAUUCACAAAUACAAAUAUAUUUGACACGUUAUUUGUAUCUUACAAAGUCAUUCUAAGCCAAAACUAUUGUUUUAGGGUAAUCCUGGGUUCACCUCCCAAACACAUACUGUAUGUGACCUUGGUCUACCACAACACAGGCAUACUGUUUAUGUCCUAACAAAGCUAUUGUAACUAUUUUACUAUUGAAAAACUAUAUCAUAGCAGAGGUUUUUACAGAGUAUAUGUAUAUGAAUUGAACUUGGAUUUGAAUAUAUGAUCUAAAAAAGUAUGACAUUUAUGAGAUUCUUUAUUUAUCCUAAAUAAAAUAUAUAAAUCACUGUAGCCUUUUAAUGCCUACAAUGAAUUAGUAGGCACUCAUUUUAUGUCAGUGUCUAACGAACUGCUAGUUUCUUUAGUUUAUAUUGCUAAAAGAUAGUUAUUUUUCUUACGUGGUGUUUAACUGAAUAUCUAACAGACAUUGUUGACAUGCUGAUUUAUAAACUGGUUGAAGAUACCAAACACUGUAAAAGAGACAACCAUGUUGAUAACUAUACCUUGGGAUUGAAAAUCCUGCCUGCCUUGUAUGACUAACAUGUGAAACAUUGUCUGGUCUCCCUAUUUCCAAAAAGGCCACUUGUACCCUUCAUAUCAGUCAUGGCUGUUGCUCAUCCUACUAGAAUAUGAAGGAAUCGUACCUCCUAUCAGAUAAGGGGAAAGGGGAUAUAAAUCUACACUGGUGUCCUAAGCCUGUAUUCUGUAAGGGAAAUACUUCUUAUGCCAUUUUAUACACUGUGCUUUAAUGUUUAGAACUUUUUGCACUAGUUCUAAUAACAUUUAUUUUUCUCUGAGAUUGUUUUGAAACUGUGCUAAUUAAUUCCGUUCUAAAAACAAAUAUUAUCCCUUAUCUGUGUUUCUAGCUAACCUGUAUAUAUGAAAUCGGUUUUCUGUUUCUAUUGUAUUUUGGGCGGAUCAGUGCCUGCUCACUGUUAAAGCCCAAUAAAGUAAUACAAUUGUUCAUCAA